GUGCACUCAUCACGUUUGGGAUUGGCCAGAAUUUGUUUUGGUUCAAAGGACAGUGCCGCUAAACGGGGGCGUCGAGCACAAGAACUUCUGAAGGAUGCAGAGCGAGUUUACGACCCAAAACAAGAGAGGCAAUGGGAAAAAAAAUACCAGUUCUUUAGCGAGAUCAAAAUGAAGGCUGCAUACAGAACCUUUGCUCGCGCGAGACAUGAUCCCUUCAACAAAGAUCCGGCAUGGGGCAAGUCUGUGCUUUCUGAAUUUGCAAAGUACUGCGCCUCAAAUGGAGUGAAAUUUCAGGACAUUUUCCACCACAUUGACUUGAAUGGUGACCAAGCACUUAGUAGACCUGAGAUCAAGCAUGCCCUGCACAGGGUUCUGCCAAGCCUUUCAGAUCAAGAAGUGAUUACGAUAUUUGAUGUAAUUGAUGAAGAUCACAGCGGAGCAGUCAGUGUGCAGGAGUUCUUGUCGGCAUUGGAAUCUGGCAGGUCUGCAAAAUUUACCAAAGAAGCCAUUGAAAGACACAGAAACCCGACGCACCGCAUGAAGCGGUUUCCUCCUGCAUGUCUCGAUGGCUGGGAGCAUUUGAAAGAUGUGCACACAGAACGCGGUACGAGAAAGUUGGGACUGGAAGAAGCUUUGUGGACAUGUGCGACCAGGCAACAGCGCAUGCAAAGUGAGAAAGCAAGGGAACAUCAUGAUCGUCAGAUGUUGGACUUGAAUUCGAUGAUUGCACGCUGGCAAGGAAACAUCUCAGUGCCUGGAGCGACUUUCGCAGACGUGCACCUUCAGCAAGUUGUGCUGAAGCAAGCAAUGUUGUUGAUCGAGAAUGUGGAGGCAGAGAAGAGUGGGCUGAGGCUAAUUCAGACUCCUCGAGCUUUGCGCAUGCACGGCGCUGAAGUGUUGAAUUCGAAGAUUGCCAGGGGUGGUGCCGACACUGCUCGCUUUUACAAGCAUGGAAAGUAUAUGCCUGAGCGCUGCCAAAGUCACCCAUCGGUACACGUCUUAGGGGGACAACAGGUCACCACAGGGUCGUCACAAGUUGCUCUAAGUUCUGCGUCUGAGAGGAAAAAACAAGCAGGACAAGCUCACAAGCUUCUCAAGAAGAGGAUUCUGUGGAGAAGGAGGUUUGUUCCUGCGAAGAAGAAGGGUUUCUGGCUCAAGGCCAAAGUUGCUUUGGGAUUUCAUCACGGAGGCAUUGGUGCCUCUUGUCCUGGAGCGUUGCAUGUUAUGCGGCACGCAGCAGUGCUCCCGUCUGGGACUGAGAGCGGGCUGGACGCCCGGCAAGGUUGGACAAUGUUGGGUGAUUGGACGACAUUGGACGACAUUGGACGACAUUGGACGAUGUUGACCCUGAACUGUUCGGAAACGUUCUUGAUGUUCGGAUUUGGGUUCGGAUUCGCAGAUCAUCGCUGCUAUGGCAACAGGUUUCUUUUUCUUGGAUCAGCGUUGGCAGAGUCGUGCACCCAGUGCGUGCAGACUGUGAGCUGUAGCUCAGAGAUGGGGGACCGGAAGCUGUCUGGCUAUCAUGACUCAAGUCAUCAUGUUUGUUCUGGCUUUGACGAGCAAUGGGGACUAUGCCCUGAAAUGGAGUCCUGCUCGCGCUGUGAGCGAGUAGACUGUGUCUUCGAAGAAUGGGGGCAGUGGUUUGAUGCUGGAGGAUGCACGCAGAUUGACUUCCGGCAGCGUGGUAUCGCAGUUUCCAACAACGAGUGCGGCCAACCCUGCGAGGGGAAGAAAAUGCAGUCCCGAUCAAGUCCUCACUCCAGGUGUAUCCUGAAUGAAGUGGAUUGCCAAUGGACUGCGUGGUCCUCCUGGACAGAUUGUGGGACACCCAAUGAUCAGUCCACACGUUCACGGUCAAUUUCCCAGAAAAAUACAGGACAAGGCAAGCCAUGCAUUGGAGACAUGAAGGAGACACGGCCAUGCAGUCCUGGUCCAACCCCAGAAGAUUGUCAACUCUCAGAAUGGCAUGAGUGGAGCGAGUGCAGUUCUCCUUGUGGUCCGGGCGAACAUUCUCGUUUUCGGAAAGUCGUUCAAGAGGCACUUCAUGAUGGCCGUCCCUGUGACGGUGUGAUCCACGAGACUGAAACUUGUGAAGUGAGGCCAUGUGACUCCAUGGACUGCCAACUCAGCGAGUGGUCGGAGUGGUCCUUCGUAAAUCCCACAGAGGAAGAUGCUCCUCAAACAGACCAGUGGUUCCGCAAGCGCACCGUUUUGGUUCCACCUGGUAUUGGCGGAAGUGACUGCCCUGGUGGCUUGAUCGAGACUAAGCCCAAGAUCAGGCCGGACCAGCCUUGCCUGCUGGGAGAAUGGGCUUUCUGGUCAGAAUGUGAUCGGACUUGUGGCGGUGGACAAAAGAUGAGGGAAAGAUCAGUGGAGCAGGCUCACGCACUCUCAGAUGACGAGGACGGCUGUGGCUCUGAAGUACAGACGAUGCUGGCACCUUGCGGCCUUGAUCCUUGCCACGAAGCCGGCACUUCUGAUUGCCAAACGUCUGAAUGGGAUGAGUGGUCUGAGUGCAGUUCGCGAUGUGGUACAGGCUCCAAAUCAAGGUCGCGAAGUAUCGUGUCCGAAGCGAUGUUCGGUGGACUUCCAUGUGAAGGUCCGCUGAAGGAGUUGGCCCGUUGUGAGGUAAGCGAAUGCAACAUCGUUCCGUGUCGCUGGGGUGACUGGUCUGGCUGGUCGGACUGCUCCUGCAAGUGUGGUGGUGGCACUAAGCGUCGCACAAGACAUGUGGUGGAAGCUCCCCGGAAUGGCGGCAAAGCAUGUGAGCCAGAGGACAAAGAAGAGGCGUUUCCUUGUAACACUGAGCCAUGUGGACAGGGUUGCAUCGAUGGGAAAUGGGGAGCCUGGGGCGAGUGGACAGACUGCUCUGCCUCAUGUGCCAGCAGCUACAGAUCUCGUAGCCGCAAUCUAGAAGUCCAGCCGAGCCCGUGCGGAAAAGCUGCAGCUGGUCAGCGGGAUGAGUUUCAAGUUUGCAGCGACCUUCCGCCAUGCAUCCCAGAUUCAGAUUGCAUCCUCCAUGAAUGGGGCGAGUGGUCACACUGCAGCUGCCAUUGCUUUGGCAUUCGCGAAAGGAACCGCUACAUCUCGCACUUUGCAACGGGUAAGGGCAAACCAUGUCCAGUCACAGCUUUGAAGGUGGUUGAGCCGUGCAAUCCUGGACCGGUGACGACCUACAAUCCAGAUGAGAAGUACGCCUUGCCCAUAAAGCUGCAGGAUCCUCCAUUGGAUUGUCAAGAGAAGCCGCCCGUCAAUUGCGAGCUUCAUCCGUGGAACGAAUGGACUCAAUGCUCAAGUGAGUGUGGUGGAGGGCAGAGAGAACGCAGCCGCACUGUUCGAACACCACCGAAGCAUGGCGGAAAGCCCUGUGAAUCAGACCUCACAGUUGUGGAGCCCUGCAACGAAGAGCCAUGCCACGAAAGGGUCUGCACAGACUGCCAGUGGGGUGCUUGGAGUGAAUGGGGUGGCUGCAGCAGGUGUGGAGGCCAGAAGUAUCGUCACCGGUCUAUCGUGCAGAUGGCCAAUAAUUGUGGCAAAGAGUGCGACGUGAAAGCUGCUAAGGAGACUACCAGCUGCACUAGCGAGUGCGCUGAGCCGCUAUACUGUGCUUGGACGGAGUGGUCUGGUUCCACUGCAUGUGCACAGUGCGGUCCUGCCACCACUAUGAUGAACAGGGCGUUGGGCUUCACAACCAACGAUCCUGGAACCGGGCAAUUUUUCUUCAAGGUGAUCGGUGAAUCAGAAUGUGCUGGCACACAGUUGAACGUUAGCUUGUGCCCAUCAGCAUCCUCCAGUUGCACGACUUGUGAGCCGAGAAACUGCGCAUUCAGCGCCUGGGGCGAGUGGCAUGAGCCAACGUGUGUUGGUCUUUGUGAGCGACAGCGAACCAUUGAGGUGACAAAUAAUGAGUGUGGUGAUCCAUGCACUGGGCCUUUGCUGAGCACAAAGAAGUGUUCCGUCGAGUGCGACAAGCCAAAAGACUGCGAGUUCAGUGCCUGGAGUGAAUGGAGCCAGUGUCCACCAUUCCAGUCGCAAUCCCAACGAAGCCGCUCGCGCACGAUUGUGCAGCAGCCUGAAAAUGAUGGCCUCGCAUGUGUUGGGGCAUUGGAAGAAACUAUUGCUUGUGAGUACAGCCACCUGAAAGUGGACUGUGUAUUGUCUUCAUGGGGUCAGUGGGGGCCCUGCAGUCGUACUUGUGGAGGAGCAGGAGGCUGGAAGGAGCGGUCACGUUCCAUCGUACGGCUAGCAGCAGGAGGCGGAGUACAAUGCAAAGGAGGUUUGAACGAAAUCGACAGCUGUCUGGAGGGGCCAGAGAUUUGUCCCGGGUAUGAGAAAGUAAAUUGCGAGUUCGGCCCAUGGGGCCCGUGGUCAGAUCCUGACGGCCACAACCAGAUGAAGCGGAUGAGAAAGAUUGUGCAGAUGUCUUUGCACGGCGGUAUUCCCUGCACUGGCCCUUUGGAGGAGAUUCAAAGCACACCGCCAGUCAAAACUGACUGUGUUGUUUCAGCGUGGACGGAAUGGGAAACCUGUGACCGCAGUUGUGGAGGCGGCCAAUCCUAUAGACAUCGACAGGUGCAAAACUUUCCACAAGCUGGUGGAGAACCAUGUCCAAAGGACCUCAAGGUUACCAGAAGCUGCAAUUCUCAGUCAUGUGAUGGUGAAGAUUGUUUGGUAUCAGAGUGGACUGAGUGGGGUUCAUGCUCUUCAAGCUGUGGACCCGGCCAGCACAGUCGGAGUCGUCACAUCAUUCGCUUGCGAAGCCUCCAUGGGCUUGGCUGUACCCUGGAGCUUGGGAUGACUCAACACUGUGAAGGAGAUAUGGAUUGCGGCAAGCUUGACUGCCUUUGGGGUGAUUGGAGUGAAUGGAGCGGAUGCACUUGCAGCUGUGAUGGCGGACAGCAGACGAGGACGCGUCACGUUGCCCAAGCUCCAGCAGGGGGAGGGUCGCCUUGCAAGGAGAGCGACAAGGAACAGAUUGCGCCUUGCAACACCCAAAAGUGCAGUUUGACAAACUGUCGGGAUGGAAAGUGGGGCGAUUGGAGUGAAUGGUCAGGCUGUUCUGUGUCAUGUGGUGGAGGGGUUACGUUUCGAAGGCGGAGGGUGGAAGUCAUGGCAAACCAUUGUGGCAGCGAGCCACUUGGUAAGAAUUCCGAAAUCCGCUACUGUCAUGUUGGAGUCCCUUGCUCCAGGCCCAUUGACUGCGAACUCUCUGAGUGGGAAUCAUGGAGCGCAUGUUCUGGGACUUGUGAUGGGCUUCGACACCGUGCCCGAGUGGUCAAAACCUAUGGGAGAGGAACUGGCGCCUGGUGCAAGGGUGGCCUGCGAGAAACAGCUCCCUGCAAUCCAUCAGAACAAGAAGCUGCACCAGAGGGCUGUGGUCCCGGGCCAGCCAAAGACUGCAUUUUUGGCGAGUGGGAGGCCUGGAAGGAGUGCAGUGUAACAUGCGGCGGUGGUGAGCACACGCGAAGUCGUAGCAUCACACAGCACGCCGAGAAUGGUGGAUUGGCGUGUGAGGGUCCUCUAAAGGAGAUCUCAGAGUGCGCCAGACAAAGUUGCGGCGGCCCAGAGCCGAAAGACUGCAUCUUCGCCGAGUGGCAGGAGUGGGGAGCAUGUGGCAAGUGCAGCGGACAGAGAAAAAGGUUUCGCAGUAUCGCUCAGUACCCCGAAGCGGGAGGAAAGGAGUGCGACCUCACGAACACCCAGGAGGCUGGACAAUGCCCACGAAAGUGCCAUGAAAAGCAGUACUGUGGCUGGGCUGAGUGGGAAGCCUGGGGGUCCUGCUCCUCCACCUGUGGUCAAGGCUACCGGCAAAGAAGAAGACAGUUGCUUUUGUCUUCCAACCCUGAUAGCAUUUUGGUUCCAGCGGAUAUGAUCCAAGAGUACGAUGACCUCGUGCAGCGGGCCCAGGAGUUGGAUGCACAACACUUCCGAGAACUCGCAGUGGCAUUUGCCGCUGGAGGCCUAUGUUUGAUGGGAGUCCUUGGUGCGGUUCAGGGCUGGCCCUUUGCACGACAGGGUGGAGCUGUUUUGGAUGGCGGGUCCUCCCGCACGUUUUCUAGAGUGGCGGGUUUUCCUCGAAACGAGAAUAUGGCAAAUGGUGACUAUUGCCGGUGA